AUAUUGUCAAUCUCCAAUUUCUAUUUCCUCUCCUUUUCUUUCUCUAGCCAUUACGCUCCUAACAAUCAUCAUCCACCUCUACCAUGGUACCGCUCUCCAAGUUUAAGAGCCUCAGAUUGGUUUGUUUAUUAUCUCCUUCUACAUUUGCUUCCAGAACUGAAAUAUUGAUUGCUGGAGAUCUAAAACCCUCACAUUUUUCUGUUCAAAAUCGGAUACUCUGCAGACAGUUCACCUCAGAAAUCUCACAAGACCAACACAGUUUCACCGUCAAUUACCUCAUAACCUCAUGUGGGUUGUCGCCAGAAGAUGCGAUUUCAACAUCUAAGUGGAUCAAGUUGCAGUCCCCAGAAAAUGCAGACACCGUUUUGGGUCUUCUGAGAAACCAUGGAUUCUCUACAAUCCAGAUCUCAAAGUUUUGCAAAACCCGCCCACAACUUCUUUUAGCCAGGCCUGAGCAAACCCUUUUGCCAAAGCUUGAGUUUUUCAGCUCUCUUGGAGUUUCAAGGGAGGACCUCGCAAAAACGCUGGUUCUGAAUCCAAAUCUUUUGCAAAGAAGCUUGGAGAAACAGCUUGUGCCCACUUAUAAUUUCCUGAGGAGUCUGCUUCCUGAGAAAAAUAUCGUUUCUGUUUUCAAGUACAACUCGUCGAUUUUCUUGCAAGCCCACACCAAGAAAGUAGUGCCAAAUAUCGCGAUUUUGAGAGAAUUAGGAGGCGCCCGGAGUGUAUUGCUCUGUCAGAGAAGAAAAUAAUGCAAACAAUGGAUCUUUUAGUGAACAAGAUGGGAUGGUCGUCAGAAAUAAUUCUCAAGUCCCCAUAUGUUUUGAAUUAUAGUUUGCAGAAGAGAAUCAUCCCGAGGUGUUCAGUUGUUACAGUUUUGUUGUCGAAAGGAUUGAUAAAUUCUGAAAAACUGAGCUUAUAUUCUGUGUUUGGACCUGUGGAGAAGGAGUUCUUGGAGAGAUUUGUUGACA